UCGGGCUCAGUUGGUGUUCCGGUUUCGGGUUGUGCUGUCAGUUGCCUUCUGCCUCCAUGCACAGCGGCUGAGCGAUUGAGCGAUUGAACGAUUGAGCGGUUGAACGGUUGGACGGUUGGACGGUUGAGCGGUGGAGCCGUUGAGAGUGUGCCAUCGAAGCCGGAGAGUCCUGUCGCGCUGCCCGUGGUCUGAGCCUGUGUCCGCAUCCGUGUCCGUGUCCGUGCGUAUCUCCGUGCGUGUGCGUCUCUCUCCGGGUGUGUGUGCGUGUGCCUGUGCGUGUGUGUGCCUGUUGUCUGUCGCUAACGGUGCGCGCGCGUCUGUCUGUGUGAGUGUGUGACUCUGUGUGUGUGCACAACAAUCAUACACACAUAUAUAUAUAUAUAUAUACUAAUACAAGUGUGGACCGCACUCACACACGGCCAGCAAAUAAAAUAUUUAAAAUAUAUACAAUAAUUCCAGCAGCCGUCGACACGCAUAACACAGGCAAUGGAUGGCAGAACUAAAACCGGAUAACUGCAUAAACAAACAUAAGCCUACAUACAAUACAUUAUAUUAAGCAAUAUUUAAUUUGGUUGAGUGAAAAUUACAAGAACAAUACGAAAAAUUAAAAUAUAAAGUCAAAAACCAACUCGUGAAAAUUCCUGAAUCGCUGAACUCAAUGAAUCACAAUUACAGGCGAAACGCAUUAAACCAUGACUAAAGCAAUUUUGUAAUUUAAACAAAAACAAAUCGAAUGGAAAAUGGUAGUUUAUAAUUAACGAUGUUGGAAAACGCAAAAGAAAACAUUGUAAGCCAAUUGUAAAUAUUAUUACCAUACAUAAAAAAAUUCAUACAUACCAAAAUUCAAAACAUGAAAUGACAAAACAAUUUUAAUAUCCAUAUAAACACAAAACAAAAGCAAGCAAGAACUGAAAUCUAUUUGAAUAAGAAGUGUUUUAUUAUAUAGAAAACUCAUUUCGUGAAUGAUGUUUAAAUUUUCGAUAAGCAACUGAAACGCGCACAAGAUUGAUACAAAUUUUUAAUAUUAAUACUUUAAGGCAUAGGGACAACCCAAAAAAAUCACAGCUCAAUUGGCUGGAAAAUAUAAACGGGAUAAAUUUGAGAAUUCCUGGAAAAUCUUCGAUUAACUGAAAUUGAAUUAUUCGAAUCAACUCGAUACAAUACAUACGCAUAUUUCAAUAAUCGCAUCUAACUAAAUAAUAAUCACUAUUGAACUAAAAUUAAUUGCAUUAACUUCAUUACUUAUCAAACAACAAUCCUGGGAGACAAAUUUAAAAAAAAAGGUUGAGGAAUCAUAAUAAAUCAACGUAAACUAAAAACCAAGCAAGUUUAAUAGACAAAUCAGUAAAUGAAAUAAUUCUACGAUUCCACACGAUUAGCUCAAUCAGUAUUGGAAAGAAUUUUGAUUGCAUUAAAAACGAAAAAGGAAUAUAUAGCCGCCACUUUUGAAUACACAAAUAAGGAAGAAGUCAAGUAAAUCAAUAGUAACCAAAUGCUACAAAGCACUGCCAUAUACAAUUGCAACGGAUUGCAUUAGGAAAACUAAUUGAAUAGCUCAACAUUUAUAGAAUACCAUACGAAAGUAUAGAAUAAUAUAGCAACUACAGAAUAGGAAAACUAUACAAAAUCGGAGACCACGAACCAAUGAGAGAGAAAAGGCAAAACAGGAACAUCAACAGCAAAUUAGGAACUUGUAAAACCUCCCAGUCUCUCCAAAUGAAUGAAGCCGAAAAAACAAGAAAGGAAGUUGAAAUAUAAACUUUUAUUGUAAGAGAAAACACAUAAAAAGAAUAGAAAAUCGCUCUUCGGGUUGUAAAGAAAAUAAGAAGACAAAAGAAAGACAUAAUAAUGUUGCAAACAAUAAAACAUAUACUUGCCAUAUUGAUAUAAAAGGAGAACGUUAAAAGGCGGUGAAAAUUUCAUAAGAUUAGUAGGUAUUAAGGGAAGCCCUGGCACACAACACAAAAGGGAAUUUAGCCCUCUGAAAGAAGGGACAAUGUAAGCUGCAGCAGCGGGAUAAGGCCGAAAAAAUCUGAAAAUUAAAUUAUAGUAAUCUAGUAGAAAGCAGACAACAUAUCCGCUGGCAACAACCAACACCGAAAGAGACUAUGAAAAAUGCACAACUGAAACUGACUGAAGUUGACGAUGAUGAGCUGUGGCUGGCAGUAAGAUUAGCGCACUGCACCAGCAGCAGUGGCAGCAGCAGCAGCAGCAACAACAACACCACCAGCAACCCAAAUAACAGCAAUAGCAGCAGCAACAAGAGGCAAAACCAGCAAUUCACCCAACUGCAACCAAGGAGCUUAAGUACAAAACACCACAGCAACAUUGCAAGCGAGCAGCACAAUAGCCAAGAACAAAAGCCAGCACCAAAAGCGGAAUAUGUAGCCACCCACGUGAGCGGCAAUGACCAGCAGCAACAGCUAGACAGCAGCAACAUGUUGUCGCCAAAGACAGCCGCAGCAAUUGCUGGCGGCAAUCAAGCAACAACCCAACAACCAACAAACAUAAGACUGUGUGCACGCAAGCGACAAAGAUUGCGUCGCCGACGAAAAAGAAAACCAGCAACCCCAAACGAAGCAGAGGCAGCAACAGCAACUGCAACAGCAGCAACAUUAGCAGCAGCAACCACUAGCAAUAGCAACAGCAUAAGCAACAGCAAUCUGCAUCCGAUAGCCACCUACAUGCAAUGUCGCACCAGCGACAACGACACCAGCAUUCCGAUAUCGAGUCAUCACCUUUACCAGGCCACUUUCGUGUGGAUGUUGCAGGUGUUGCUGGUGUCGCUGCAACAGUGGCAACGUCACGUGCAACAGCGAGCGGUACUUCUGCUCAGAGGGAUCGCCACCAGCACCACCGCCUUCAUUUCCUAUUUAGGCAGCUUAGCGGCGCAGCUGAGGAGCAGAUGCAGUCACAGCAGCAGUUCCAGCAACCACAGCAGCAGCAGCAGCACCCAAAUAAUCAACGGACUUAAUAAACACUCAUGGAUAUUUUUAUUGAUAUAUUUGAAUUUAUCUGCUAAAGUUUGCCUAGCAGGAUAUCAUGAAAAGAGACUGUUACGUGAUCUUUUGGAUCCUUAUAAUACACUAGAACGUCCCGUUCUCAAUGAAUCGGACCCGUUACAAUUAAGCUUUGGGUUAACUUUAAUGCAAAUUAUCGAUGUGGACGAGAAAAAUCAAUUGCUAGUCACGAAUGUGUGGUUGAAACUGGAGUGGAACGACAUGAAUCUGCGCUGGAACACCUCCGACUACGGCGGCGUGAAGGAUCUGCGCAUACCGCCGCACCGCAUCUGGAAGCCGGACGUGCUGAUGUACAACAGUGCGGAUGAGGGAUUCGACGGCACCUACCAGACGAACGUGGUGGUGCGGAACAACGGAUCGUGCCUGUACGUGCCGCCGGGGAUCUUCAAGUCGACGUGCAAGAUCGACAUCACGUGGUUCCCGUUCGACGACCAGCGCUGCGAGAUGAAGUUCGGCAGUUGGACAUACGACGGAUUCCAGCUGGAUUUACAAUUACAAGAUGAAACUGGCGGUGAUAUCAGCAGUUACGUGCUCAACGGCGAGUGGGAACUACUGGGUGUGCCUGGCAAACGUAACGAGAUCUAUUACAACUGCUGCCCGGAACCCUAUAUAGAUAUAACCUUCGCCAUCAUCAUCCGCCGCCGUACGCUGUACUAUUUCUUCAACCUGAUCAUACCAUGUGUACUGAUUGCCUCCAUGGCCCUGCUCGGAUUCACCCUGCCGCCGGAUUCGGGUGAAAAAUUAUCACUGGGUGUUACCAUCUUGCUCUCGCUGACCGUGUUUCUCAAUAUGGUUGCCGAGACAAUGCCGGCCACUUCCGAUGCGGUGCCAUUGUUGGGUACAUAUUUCAAUUGCAUAAUGUUUAUGGUAGCUUCAUCCGUUGUGUCAACGAUUUUAAUAUUAAAUUAUCAUCAUCGAAAUGCUGAUACGCACGAAAUGUCCGAAUGGAUACGCAUCGUGUUUUUGUGCUGGCUGCCAUGGAUCCUGCGAAUGAGUCGACCGGGCCGCCCACUGAUCCUGGAGUUCCCGACCACGCCCUGUUCGGACACAUCCUCCGAGCGCAAGCACCAGAUACUCUCCGAUGUUGAGCUGAAAGAGCGCUCGUCGAAAUCACUUCUGGCCAACGUACUAGACAUCGACGAUGACUUCCGGCACAAUUGUCGCCCCAUGACGCCCGGCGGAACACUGCCACACAAUCCGGCUUUCUAUCGCACGGUUUAUGGUCAAGGCGACGAUGGCAGCAUUGGGCCCAUUGGCAGCACCCGAAUGCCGGAUGCGGUCACCCAUCACACGUGCAUCAAAUCAUCAACAGAAUAUGAACUAGGUUUAAUCUUGAAGGAAAUUCGCUUUAUUACUGAUCAGCUACGUAAAGAUGACGAGUGCAAUGACAUUGCCAAUGAUUGGAAAUUUGCAGCUAUGGUCGUUGACAGACUGUGCCUUAUCAUAUUCACAAUGUUCACAAUAUUAGCCACAAUAGCUGUACUACUAUCAGCACCACAUAUUAUUGUCUCGUAGCCAUAUGGGCGAGGUGGUUAUUGUUAUUGGUUUUAUUAUAAAAUCAAUUUGUUAAUUAUUAAAUUAAUAACGAAACUUUUUAAGUAAAUUAAAACUAAAAAAGCAUUAAAAAAGCACAAAAAAAUAGGAAAACACAUGAUAAAAAACCCAUGACUAAAUAAUACAUCCAAGAAAAUACUAAAAAAAAAAAAACUAAAAAUUCGUCUCUGAAAACACAAUAAUUUAUUUAUAAAAAUCUCGUUUAAAAUGUCUUUCAUUAAAAUCAAACAGACACUAAAAAAGAGACUUAAAACCACAUCAUAUACUAAAACGUUAAAAACUAACUAAUUCCAAUUUUCCUAAUUCUAUACAAAAAAUCUAAAUAAUGGUAACUCAAAGAAAUCCCCUCCCUUCCCCGCAAACCCCCACAAGCCAGUAUCUAGAUUUCUUCCAUUGAAUAUAUAUAUACAUAUAUGUUUGACAAGCAAGCAAAACGGGUAUAUUUUCUUUUUAGAUUUUAUAUUUUAUAUUUUAUAGAAUAAGCGAGGCGUUUUCAUAAAAAUAGUCACACGGGUUUUCGAAACUUAUUUUUUUGACAGACUUCAAGGAAAUUGCAGUAUUUCAAGCAAAAACAAAAUCCCAAUACCUUUUUGGAAGACUUCAAUUUGUGAGCUUUAUAGUAAGAAAUGUAGAUGGGAAAUUAGCAACGUGUAUAUGAUAUGAAAACCCAACGUUUUUGGAUCUACAGAAGGACAACUAAAUUUGUAAUCUUCUUCAGCAUUGAAGUCAGUCCAGGGAUUUGUUCCGAGCAACUUUUUGCUAACAAUUAGUACCUAGGCCAAUUAAGAGAUUCCGCGACAUCCCCUCUCUAGACGAAACUGCAUUUCCACAACAGAACCAAUUAACCCAACAUAUCCUAAACUGUGUAUCUAGUUCCCACUCCCGAAAUUUGAUCUUAAGUUUAAUUUCUAACCACAUGAUAAAUCCAAAACCAAACCCCAAAAAAUAAAAAAUAAAAACCAAACCCCAAAACUAAAAACCAAACCCCAAAAACUAAAAACCAAACCCCUUAAAGCUUACCAAAACCAAUAGAAUAACCAAUCUGAAUUGGAAUUACGGAAAUUCACUGGAAUAUAACAAAGAAAAUUGAAAAAUCAAAAUGAUGCAAAUGAAAAGAGCGAAAAUAAGAGUAAUUGAGAUGACGAGGCACAACAGGUAAUGGUGAGCCCAGAAUGCGAUCAGUAAAUGAAAUGUAUCCGAAGGACUGCAUUUCAUGUUGACUGGCGCCGCACGAGGAAAUGAAUUUAUGAAAUUAAAUGGUUGCGAGCAAUAAUAUCUGCGUGUUGAUGAAUUGCAUGAUUUUUGGUGAUGCAAACGAUGAUCGAUCGAACUAUUGCGCAAAGUCCACGACAAAGGGCAAGAGUUCGCUCCUUCAGCGCAUUGAGAACAGCGAACCUCUAUACAGUCUAACUUUCGGUAUUGAUUUCACUCAUUUACACUUACGUUUUCUUUUCUUUUUUUUUUGAUUAUUGAAUACUAAAAGUUGAGGGCCCUGUACGACACCAGAAAGCAAUUCAACACAGAAAACAAGCCAAACAAUCGAUUGGAGUAGAGGCAAACCAACAAAUACAGUAUGCGAGAAAUACAGAAAUACCAAUAACAAUGAACAUCACAAGACCCUAGAACACGUAACAUGCCGGUGCAUGGGUAAAAUUAUGUGCUUGCUUUAGUGAAGGGCGCACAAAACAUACUUGAUCACAGACCACAACAACCAAAACAUAUAAACCAAGGAGCUUUAUACAGAUAUAUAUGAUGGAGUUUAGCGUGAGUCAAUCUGACCCAACUUUUCAUAUAUUUGUACCAUACACGAAUCCACACAAGAAACACACACUCGGUUGUUCGAUGGCCAGUUUAUCCCAAUAUUAUAAUCUAAUAAAGUAUGUUUCUGUCCGCUUACUAGACAAGCACACAAUUUCAAUAACAAAACAAAGGAAUACAAGAAACCAAAAUCUUAAAAAUUAACACGGUCUGGGAGUUGCAUGAGGAAGUGCGAAGGACCCUUAUAAGGACGAUAUGGGUCUGCUUCGUAUUUUCCAAAAGGACCCCAUUACCAAGAAUAGAUAACAAAAAAAAGCAAAACUGUGUUGGUCGAAAUUUCACACUGACUUUUCUUUCCACACAAAAGCAAAGAAAACGUUCGAAAUGGAAUUAGCUUUUUAAUUUUUAAGUUACAGUUAUUCUGCUUCUAAUUGUAAAUCUUGUGCAAUGUAAACAAUCAGAAUUUUCUUUGAAUAUAAACAAUAUGAACACACCAAAACAAAAGCGAACAAAAACAUAGAGGUCACAGUUAAAAAUGCUAAAAAAAAAUUCAGAAAUAAUUAAAGGAAAUAUGAUUAGUAACUAAACGACGUCAUUCAACUUAGACUAGGCUACACAGAAACCCAUAAAUUGUUAAGAUUCUAUCCAAAGCGCUAAAAGAUGCGAGCUCAACACAACAUACUAGAAAUAGACUUACAUACAAACAAUAAAUAUAUUUCGAAUAACGAACAAAACGAAGAAAUAGAUGAGAAACUAUGGAUAAUGAAUAAAAUUGGUUUUUAUGCGAUUUUGUUGAAGUACAAUUUCAAGUAUCAAUUUAUAUACAGAUUUUGUAUAAAAACUAUACAAAUUUCUUACCCGCUCUUUUUUUGUUGUUUUAUUUUUGAAUGAAUCAAGAACAUUUAUGAAUAAGGUUUAGCUUUUGAUAAACGAUUAAAAAUGUAAAAUAAUAUGAGAACUUGGUAUAUUUUGAUGAAAGGUGAAAUUCUUUUACAUUUUGUUGUACUGCCCACAAGAAUAGCUUGAAAACCAAUGGAUCGGAAAACAGAAUAAAUUUGUGGGGACUUUUCUUAAUGUUUUUGAUAAACAUAUAUUUUAUUUUAUAUGCUUUUCCAAUGCGAAUGUCAGUGAGAACAAUUAACGAUAGAUUUCAAUCCUAACGCUUAAGAGUAUUAACAAAUAAUAAUAGAGAACAUAGCAAACAAGCUGCCAGCAUGAAAAAUAAAA